AUGUCGUCGAUACCACGAAUAGUGUCCAAUGGAGGCAAAAAGGACGAGGAUUCUGGACCAGAAGGCUUUAAUAAUUUAGACAAGUCCACCGUGCUCCAAGAAGCCAGAGCAUUCAACGAAUCUCCCAUAAAUCCACGCAAAUGUCGACACAUCAUUGCAAAAAUACUCUAUCUCAUCUCCCAGGGCGAAUCGUUCGGCACAAAGGAAGCUACAGAGACAUUCUUCUCAAUCACAAAAUUAUUUCAGUCUCAAGAUGUCUCGCUACGACAAAUAGUCUACCUAGUCAUCAAGGAGCUAUCCACGGUCGCUGAAGAUGUCAUCAUGGUCACCUCAAGUUUGACAAAGGACAUGAAUGCAAAGUCAGAUGUCAUCUACAGACCAAACGCAAUCCGCGCCCUAUGCAAAAUCACAGACUCCACUACACUGCAGGGUAUCGAACGUUUCCUCAAACAGGCUAUCGUAGACAAGAACCCCGCUGUCGCUUCCGCUGCCCUCGUAUCAUCACUACAUCUUUUCCAUGCUAAUAAAGAAAUCGUAAAGAGAUGGGCUAAUGAAGUACAAGAGGCUAUUAAUUCAAAGGGUGUCAUUACGCAGUAUCAUGCCUUAGGUCUCAUGUAUCAGAUUCGUCAGCAUGAUCGAAUGGCUGUUAUCAAGAUGGUGCAGAAUUAUGCUAGGGCUCCUGGUAGUUUGCGAAGUCCUUUUGCUUAUUGUUUGUUGAUUCGGUAUGCUGCAAAGAUUAUGGAUGAUGAACAUGAAACUGGUGGUGGUCGGGCCAUGUAUCCUCAAUUAGAAGCAUGGCUGAGACACAAGAACGAUAUGGUCAUUUAUGAAGCUGCUCGAGCAAUUUGUAAUCUACGAGACAUUACUUCGAAAGAAUUGUUCCCUGCCGUGGCAGCGUUACAAUUGAUGUUGGUCAAUCACAAACCAGCUCUAAGAUUCGCUGCCAUCCGAACUCUCAACAAACUAGCAAUGAACCAUCCUGCCGCUGUAUCUCCAUGUAACGUCGAUAUGGAGAAUUUGAUUACAGAUCCUAAUCGUAGUAUUGCUACAUUUGCCAUUACCACACUCCUCAAGACUGGAAAUGAGGCUAGUGUUGAUAGGCUCAUGAAGCAAAUAUCCAGCUUCAUGUCUGAAAUCUCGGAUGAAUUCAAAAUCAUUGUUAUUGAUGCUAUUCGAUCACUUUGUCUCAAAUUCCCUGGGAAGCAAAUGUCCAUGUUGGCGUUCCUCUCUAAUGUCUUGAGAGAUGAAGGUGGUUAUGAAUACAAGAGAGCUAUUGUUGAGGCCAUCUUUGAUAUCAUUUAUCAUAUUCCAGAAUCUAAAGAGCAUGCACUGGCACACUUGUGUGAAUUCAUUGAAGAUUGUGAGUUCACCAAGUUGGCUGUUCGAAUUCUCUACUUGCUUGGAGUAGAAGGACCCAAAGCACUCAACCCAUCCAAAUACAUCCGAUACAUUUAUAAUCGAGUUAUUUUGGAGAAUGCUACUGUCAGAGCUGCUGCUGUCAGUUCAUUGGCUCGAUUUGCUGCUGAGAACGACGAGCUGCGGGAUAGAAUACGUGUUUUGCUCAACAGAUGCUUGGACGAUGUCGAUGAUGAAGUUAGAGAUCGUGCUGCCUUGUAUCUCUCAAUCCUGGAAUCUCCAGACUUGUGUAAAAAGUAUAUUGCCAAUGAAACGACUUACUCGUGGCCUUCACUGGAACGAAACCUCAUGACCUACCUUAACAAUACUUCAGCUCACAAUCAUCCAUUCGAUAUAUCUACUACACCAGUUGUUACCAAGGCUCAAGAGGAAUCUGAAAGAAUGAGAGUCAAAGCUGCCAAUCAAGAUGCAAUCAUGGGAGUACCAACUCAAUCUGCACCAACAUCAUCCAUUUCCGGUACUCCAUCAUCUGCACCUACAUCUCGAGGUGGUGCAUCACAAGGCGGAGUUUCAUCAGCCCCGGCAACCGGUGGUGAUAUCCAAUCUAUGUAUGCAGGACAGAUGGAAAAGAUUCCACAAUUGGCUGCUUUGGGGCCAUUAUUCAAGUCAUCUAAAGCUGUUGAAUUGACGGAAGCUGAAUUGGAGUAUGUGGUGACGUGUAUCAAGCAUGUGUUUUCAGAGCAUCUGGUUUUGCAGUUCAAUUGCACCAACACUCUCAACGAUUCGUUAUUGGAGAAUGUAACGAUGGAGACGACAUUCGAAUCUGCAGAUGAAGCAGCUAGUCUGAUGACAUUGGAGACGGUAUUGCCUGUAUCUCGACUAGCAUAUGGCAGUCCACAAAUCAUAUAUGCAGUAUAUAGUCGACCAGGAGGCAUCUGUCCACUAGCGACCUUUACCAAUACGAUGAAGUUUAUUGUGAAAGAUUGUGAUCCUAAUUCUGGAGAGCCUGAUGAGGAAGGAUAUGAAGAUGAAUACCAGUUGGAGACAGUAGAUUUGGCUACAUCCGAUUAUGUAUUGCCUACAUAUGCAUCUGAUUUCAAGAGUGCAUGGGAGAAGAUAGGAGAGGAUAAUGAAGUUGUUGAAGCUUAUUCAUUGACUGCUACUACCAGUAUUCGACAGGCUGUGACGCAAGUAACAGAAUUACUUGGUAUGAUGGCGGUUGAAAACACGGAUCAAAUAGGAGACCGAGCCACGACACAUGCCUUGCUCUUGUCUGGUAUCUUUGCAGGAGGUAUUCCAGUGCUUGUACGAGCACGAAUGGCUUUUGAUCCAUCGAGUGGAGUUACGCUCGAAUUGGGAGUUCGUAGUUUGUCUGAAGGGGUGUCGAGGAUUAUUGCAGAUGCCAUCAACUAG